GCGGCAUCCAGGCGGGGCGGGGACAGUGCAGGAGCCACCAGCGGAGGCACUGCGCGGGAGGUAGUGCUAGGUGUCCUGCCCACCAUGCUGACUGCGCUCGCCCCGCUAGCCCUUCCUGGGCUCUCUAGGCGGCUGCCUGCUCCUGCGGGGCGUCAGGACUCGUCCGGUUCGUCCGGCUCCUACCACACAGCUCCGGCUUCUCCGGAGCCCCCGGACGUUGGGCCGGACACAGAAGGCCGGGGGACUUGGCUCUGGGUGGCUCCUGGGCGGGGGGCGGGCGCGCAGCCUGUCCUGUCCGUCAGCGCCCAGAAUAGCCGCCAGCAGCCCUGCUCCGGCUCGGGUUUCCCGCGAGGCCCGGGCUCCGGCCCGCCGCCGCCCCGGCCCCAGCUGCGCAUGCUGCCGUCGGGGGAGAUGGAAGUCAUCUUCGGCGCGGGGCCUCUGUUCAGCCGCUCCGACGCGGAGGAUCUGGAGGAGCGACAGCUCACGGCGCCUACCUUCAGCAGCCCCCUGCUGCCCGGGCCAGCGUCCCCUGCCUCUGUCUCGUCGCAGUCGCAGGUCCCCGACGGGGGCUCUCGCUGGGCCACCUACCUGGAGCUGCCGCCCCGCGAGCCGAGUCCUGCCGUCUCAGGCCAGUACGAGUGCGUGGAGGUGGCCCUGGAGGAGCGCACCGCGCCCGUUAGACCCCGCACGGUGCCCAAACGUCAGAUCGAGCUGCGUCCGCGGCCUCGGAGUCCCUCGCAGGACAGCCGCGCGCCGCGUCCCCGACUGCUCCUGCGCACCGGCUCCCUGGACGAGUCUCUGAGCCGCUUGCAGGCCGCCGCGGGCAUCGUGCAGACGGCGCUGGCCAGAAAACUGGGCUCUGCCGUCCCAGCCCCCAGCAACGUCACCAUUAAGUCUACCGGCAAGCCGGAAUCCACGACAAACUCUCAGGAAAGGGCAGCCAGCACUCGCGUGGUCCCGGAAGAGGCUAAGUCUCGGCCACCCCGCGCGCACGACAAUUCUGCCUCCGCCAGAGCCCCGCGGCCUUGGCCUAGCCUCCGAGAGCGAGCGAUUCGGCGGGACAAGCCGGCGCCCGGGACCGAGCCUCUGGGUCCAGUUAGUUCCAGCAUCUUUCUGCAGUCAGAGGAGAAACCGCAUCAGGCUCACAAACAGGAAUCCAAGACCCAGUUCUGCCGUGAGACUCCGGAUCGAACCGUGCCGAGGGCACGGAGUCCUCCUUUCCAUCCUAGAGGUUCCCGCGUGCCUCCCAGUAGGGUUGUGAGGCCGAGGAGCCCAUCUCCUCCGCAGCAGGCUCCAAACGGGGCCGCACGGGGUCCUCGCUGCCCGUCUCCCCAAAACCCUCCACAACCUCCUAAGAUUGUUUGGAGAACGAGUAGCUCCGCCUUCCCUGGCGCAUCCUCUGAGUGGGAAAAUCGGAAUGCCUCCGUAGAGGAAGUCGGCCGCGGAAGGACCCCUUCCCCUCCACCGCUUCCCCAACGGACUCAGGGUGUCGCUAGAGUUGGGAACCCAUGUCCUGAAGCUCCUCUUGUGUGGAAGGUUCUGAAUUCGAGAGGCGGAGAUGCAGUAGGGCUGAGCAGGGACCCGUCGCUGCCAGCCCUGCUCCCACGGGAGUCACCUCAUCCUAUUGAAACGCGUAGCCCAUCGCCCGGGGAGACUUGGAGUCCUGUUGUGCAGGGUUCAUCGACGGCAUUGCAUCAGGAAGCUAUGAAUGGUCUAACUCAGGAUCUGGAGCCGCCUACACCAUCAGCACCCGCGACUCCAGAGCUCGCAGAGGAGCUGUGCCUGCUCACACUGGAAAAUGCGCAUAUUGCCUUCAGAAGCUGUCAGCGGUCUCCAGAGGUAGAUACAGCGGAACAGCCCCGAAGUCAUCCCACAAGCACUCUGGACGACGAUGUGUGCCCAGAAGCCUUAGGCUCGGGAGAAGGGGCUUCUGGACGCCCGCGCGUGACCAUUCCGCGGCCGCGAGACGUGCGCAAGAUGGUUAAGACUACUUACGCGCCAAGCUUCCCGGCAGGGACCCCAGGCUCCGGGCUUCCCGCGCCUCCUGCAGACUCCAGCGGGGAGGAGGGUGAUGCAUCCAAAACGCACAAGCUCCCCGCACUUGAGUCGCCCGCCCCGGCUCAUUACACUUCCAUUUUUCUCAAGGACUUUCUGCCUGUGGUACCUCAUCCUUAUGAGUCACCAGAAACUUCCCUUCAUGCAACCCCUAAGGAUGCCUCCCAGUCCAGCGGAGUCCCGAGGCGGAGGGCAGAGAACAGCACCGCGAAACCCUUCGCUCGCAGUGAGAUCCGCUUGCCUGGCGCUCUAGCCUUCGGCCAGCGGCGGGAGAAAACCCCUAGUGUCCAAAGACGCGGUCCUGGAGGAGAAAACCCGGAGGCUGAGACCCAGAGCCUGGUCCCCGAUCGCGAGGGUCGGACCAGCCCUUUAGGAGGCGCUCGCACCUCGACCCAGAGUUCCCCUUUAGAGUCGACGGGGACCGGACCUCCUCGCCCCGGCUCACCGCAGGCGUGUCCAAACUCGAGCCCUAUGGCAGCACCCGAGUUGGAGACACCGCUUGUUGCUCCUGCAACUGCGGUCCGGGCGCCCCUCCUUCCCGAUCCUGCAGCGACGGCGCCCAGGGCCGCUGCACCCUUCCCGCGAGCUGCCUCUGCGCCUCCCACCGACCGGCUCCCCCCUGCAUCCUCCCUGGGGACGCGGAGGCCUCCGGGAGCCGCGCCCGCGGGGAAGGUCCUCGUAGACCCGGAGAGCGGUCGGUACUACCUUGUGGAGGCGCCGAGGCAGCCGAGGCUGCGGGUACUCUUCGAUCCCGAGAGCGGGCAGUAUGUGGAAGUACUGCUGCCACCCUCGCCCUCUCCCACCCGCCAGUCACGCCAGCCCUAUGUCCCGCUGGCCCUAGGGCCCGGCCUCUACCCGCCCGCCUAUGGGCCUAUCUCUGGCCCGUCUCUGUCACCGCUGUCCCCAAACCUGACGGCCCUUGGUAGUCUCCAGCUACCUUGGGCUCCUGAGGCUGGACCCCUGGAGGGGAUGUACUACAUGCCCUUGAGCGGGACCCCGAGUCCGGCACCACCAGUGCUCUUCUGUGCCCCACCCUCCAGUUCUGGUCCCCUCCCGUCCACCAAGGGUUCUGUGUUGCCUUUGUGAAGCCUCAGCCCUUAUUCCCGUGGAGUUGGGUUUCCUAGAACGCAUUGGAAGUUCCGGCUCCCAGUCUCUUAACUUUUUUCUCCCAUCAAUUCUUUGGCCAGUUCCAGCCAGUCGCCAGACCAGAAGGGACCUUAAGAGAAUGUAUCUGCUGCCUGGGCUGAUAUUGCUGGAGCAUCUUUAGCAAAUGUCUGGCCGACUACCCCCAACCCCCACCUCCCAAAAAAAUAUGUAUCCCUUUCCCAAACCUUCCCAGGGUGUGGUGUGUUUGUGUGUUUAUGUAGACAAGCAAGUCCGUCCAAGUGAGAAGUCUAAGAGGUGUUGGAGUUUCCCAGAAUAGCAGGUGUGGGAGCAGCAGGACCAGGGCUGCCUUGGUGAACUGUUUGUGUCUCCCUAACACUGGGCCCAGUUGAGUGGAGAAGGACAGUGGGUGCUGCUGAGAUGGAAGGGCUGGGUGGUAGCCAUCAAACCCUUCCUGGGAGGCUGUGGGAGAACCCAGUGUGUUGCCAGGGCAGCUUGGGGCAAGCUAACGAGAGCUACGAGGAUAGUGGCCGGAGAUGAAGAAUGGAUGUGGUAUAAGGAGGUGUGGAGGGUUAGCCUGGGUUGGGGGUGAGAGACGUGGAUGAAGUGGCCCAGCACUGCUGUAGUUCCUGUAAAGACAGCCAGUGGGACCAGCAGCUACUGACAUUAAGGCCAGGCCGGCAGGAGGGACUAGCAAACGAGGAACGGGAGGAAGAUUACUCUUUGGGUUUUCUGUGGCUAGGGGUGAUUAAGGACAAGUGGUGAAUUAAAAAAUCUCAAGUGGUCAGCAAUCAUUUCUCUUGUUUGGCCAUUUCUGGAGGUGAGAGGGCAGCAAAAGCAAGAAUCUAGGAAAAUAAGUUACUUUAGAUUGGGGGAAUUGUUUAACUAAAAUGGAGGCGCUUCAUAAAUUGCUGUGACAGCCGGGCGGUGGUGGCACAUGCACACCUCUAAUCCCAGCACUCCGGGGGCAGAGGCAGGUGAACUCUGUGAGUUCAGGGCCAGCCUACAGAAUGAGUUCCAGGACAGUCAGGGCUACACAGAGAAAUCCUGUCUCAAAAACAACAAACACUGGACUACAGCUAACAGCCCACAGCAGGGAACCUAGGUCUCCCUCAGGUCCCAGCGCCUGUCUCCUGUAGACCCUGAGAGCAGAGCGGCCUUAUUUUGAAGCCAUUCCCGCCUGGACAGACAGCAAGUAAAGUUGAAUGACCAGGAUGACAAGAGGGAGGAAGGCCUGGCUGUUAUCACGGGUGAGUUAGAGCUGGCAAGAGGAAGGCUGGCCCAGAUGGAGUAGGCCAAGGGGCUCUGACCCUGCAGCUGAUUCCGUGUUCCAGGAGCAGAGGCAACAGUGCCCACACAGGGACUGGUCCUUCUGUCUGCCCACAGCACAGGAAAGACCCCAACCCUGUGCUCUAGCUGCUCUGAGUCUGGGGUAAACUGAGGGCCAGAGCACAAUCUCUGUGGGUGGUCUCUGUGUUGUUUUGAGCCUUGCUGAGGUGUUUGACAUGAGGUGUUUGGGAAAGUAUAGUUCCCACUAGAAGCAAUGCUGGGUAGACAUCCGAUAGCUUUCUGGUUCCCUUGGAGUGCCUGUCAACUUUGCCCUGGAUUGGAAAUUGGCUAAAAUACUCGUCAAAAUAACCUCAGCAUCUCUACCAUAGACACUGGUCCCAAUGACAUGGAGGGACCAGGGCCACCCCUAGAGUAUAUCAUCUCGCCCUGGUGUGCAAUAAACGGCUGACCAUGAAGAGCUAUGGUGGCUGAAAUGACAACCAAGUGUAUGGUCCUAAUUUCCUGCUGCCACCUUUUUAAAACAAAACAAAACAAAAAAUCACUUUUGCCUGGUGUACACUUUUACUCCCAAGACUUGAGAGGCAGAGGCAGGUGGAUCUCUUUGAGUUCAAGGACAGCCAGGGCUAUCUCAAAAAGUCAAAUAAAUCACAUUUAAAAUACUUAAUUUUAUUUUAUUAUGAGCGUUUGCCUGCAUGUAUGUGUGUGCACCACAUGUAUGCUUGAGGCCCAUGAAGACCAGAAAAGGGCACUGCAGAUGGUUGUGAACAUUGUGUGAGUGAUGGGAACUGAACCCAGGACCUUAGCAAGACAAGCAAUUGUUUGUAACCACUGGGCUUUCCUCAACUCCCUGCCUCUUAAACACCCUCCACAAAGCCCUCAUGUCUGGCUCUGGCCUAGGUAGAGGGUACCCUAGGAGUGGAGAAAAAGACCACGUAUGCUCUCACACACUGUGGUCUCCCAGACUCAGUAAAUGUUUCACUACAGUUAGAGCCCCAGGCUAGCAACCACGGCCAUGGCCGCGUGCGUGCGUGCGUUCCUCCUGAAGGCUGUGACCUGCGUCCAUUGGGAACUCUCAGUGUGGCUUCUCCAGCUGGAGGAUUUGUCUCUUCUGAGCUUUCACAUCCUCUGUAGGAGAAGAAAGACUGUAACCAGCCACCUCACCCCACAGGAUGUUUGGUUCGGUUCCUACCGCUUGUCCAGGUCCCAGUAUCCGGUCUCCAUCAGCAGCGGAGCAGCCUUGG